AUGGAACGUGGGCAAACUACUCUAGACAGAUGGUUGCAAAACAACUCGAAGAAUAGAGAACUACUCUCGAAGAGUUCAAGUAGUUUCAGAGAAAGAUAUUCAAUUGAACAAUUGCAAUUCGAAGACAAUUCGGGUUCAAAUAACAUAGAAGUUCAACAAGACUUUACAGCUGAAGAGUACGAGAUACUUAAACAGUAUGACCAGUACGAGAACGAAGGAGUCAUGAACGAAGAAACUUCACAACAAUUCGAAUUCACUGCACUCGACGAAGAAGUCGAAGGCAACAAUGACACUGGAGACAACACUUUGUGA